GAUGUCCACCUCUCUGGUGAAGUGUCUGUGUCUACGACUACGGGUACGUCGUAGACAUUGUCUAUCGUCUAAAUCCCGGGCGAGAUCGCAUUUCGUCAAAGUCGACCAAAAUCCUGGGGAGUGAGGCAUCUCAUCGUCAUCGUACGACAUAUGUCGUCGCUAGUCGUCGCUUGUGUCAAGUCAAGCUGAUCAGGCACAAGCGCAUCCAAAAUUCCGAAUAGUAACGGUUAUAAUUUUUUGGGCAAACAGUACAACUGUAGAAAAGUAUUAUCACCGCGCAGUAGAAACGCACCAAGAUCAAAUUAGACGCAUAUUUGAACGUUGAAAUUCCAUCGAGCAGCAUCGCCGGGAAGAGAGAAAGCGAGAGACCAAAAAAGAAAAAUACGCGAGGACGCCGUUUUCGCAGCGCUUCCACUUUCCGAAGUCACUUCCGAUCUCAGUGAAGUGGCGCCAAGAACUAUGUUCUGUGAUAGACCGUAGUAGGUUAGGCACAAACUGGCUCGAAAUACAUAGUCGAGAUCUUGAUUGUGCGCCUUCGCAAAUGAAGAUGAGCGGGGAUAUGUUCGAGGGGAAGGAUUAUCCGACUCAGUGGGCGCUCAAUCCUUCCGCUUAUCAAAACAUGAGUAAUGAUCAAGUGGAUUGGGCUGCUCUGGCGCAGCAAUGGAUAAAGAUGAAGGAAACUGUCGUGCCACCAGCUCCACCACCACCCAGCAUAAAUCCUGUAUGUUCUGCGAAUGAUGGUAGUGGAGAGGCACCAAUGGACAUGGAUACUAAGGACGAUGAUGUGCCUCCAGCACCACCUGCACCGACCAUCAGUGGAUCCGAAGCUUGGACUCAGUGGAACCAAUGGGGUCACUGGAACGCCUCAACAUCUGGAACCGGAAAUUGGGAAUGGAGUGGCGUUCCUCCCCCGGGUGUUACCGUAGAUCCCGAUGGCAAACCAAUUGGACUUCCAGCUGUACCGGUUAUUCCACCUGCACCAACGAUAUCGACUACUACUGAUUUCAACACACCUCCCCCUGCGCCGUCCCUGUACUCGUAUAAUUCGAUGCCACCUGGACAACCAUAUAAUCAGGUUUCUAACUAUUGGUCUGGUGAGCCACCUAAUGCAAUAUCACCACAGCCGCUUCCUUUUAUGAAGGGCAUGAGGCAUGCAAGUAGAGGACCACACAUGAGAGCGAUGGAUUCUAUUCGAGGUCGAGAUGACAGAGAAAAGACACCGGAGGAAGAUACUACUACAACUAUAGAUGCCGCAAAACGAAGACAGUUGCCAGCAUGGAUUCGCGAAGGUCUGGAGAAGAUGGAAAAGGAGAAACAGAAAGCCAUGGAGAAAGAAAGGCUAGAAAUAAUGAGAAAGCAGGAAUUAGAAGCUCGCAAGCAAGCAGAGGAUGAGGCACGUGCAGUGCUCAAUCCGAGCAAGAGUAAAUUUGAUUCGGAUUCGGAAAAGGAAACUGAGCAGGAUUUCGAUACGAAUAACGCACGCGGACAACAAUCUGUGGAAAAGAGCUACGAUCGCACUCCGGAUAUCAUUGUUCGACCGCGAAAAUCACGAUUCAGGGACGCUGAUUCGCCCGAGUCUCAUACGGGACCCGAUGAGAGCCCGACUACUGUGGUUAGUAUGGUUCCGAUUGUGCAGAAACGGUCUCGAGAGGAAAUUUUACAGGAUGUGAUGUUGAAAGUGAGGAGAUCAUUGACGGAAAUACUUCUGGAAGUGACGAAUGAAGAAAUUGGUGCGGUAUGCAGAGAGGUUUGGAGCCGCGCACGUGCCAAAGUCCCUGCAGGAGAGACCCCCGUCGCAUCCCUCAACAUGGCCCCUCUUGCUCAGAUCACUCACGAAUCACUCGGUCUGAGCAUCUAUAACGACAGUAACAGCGAGUCCGAGGAGGAACAGAGUGAACACGCGCAGAUUCAGAAUGAUGAUAGCGAUGAAGAGUUGAAGGAAACGCUGAGACGGCGACAGCAGGCAUUUCGCAAGACGGAGGAGGAGAUCGAGGCACGACUCGCCGAGGAAGAGGAGGAGGAGGAGCAGCGUAGCGAAGAGCAGUACAGUAAUAAGCAACAGGAAAAUCAUACCGGUAAUACUAGCUGCCGAGAGUCAGUUGAUGAAAAAGAAACGGUAGAUAAUCAGAGAGAAGCGUCCGAGACUUUGUCGAGCGGCGGUCAAAGCCCAACAGCGGCGGUGCCGCAGAACGCGCCAGCGGCCGACGGCCAGCAGGUAGCGAAGCCAAGCAGCACCGUGUCGGGAUCCGCCGAUUCUGAGUCGAGCAGCACCGAGUCCACGAGCAGCUUGUCUGAGUCGAGCCGCGAAUCUGCGCCCAAGAAGCAUGAGAAAGCGCGCAAACAACAAUCGCAGCAGCAACAGCAUCAACAACGUUACAAUCGUCGGCGGAACGGCAGCGGCGGUGGUGGUAGUGGUGGUGGUGGUAGUGGUGGUGGUAGCCACAAGCGCCGGUCGCGUUCGAGAUCAGCGAAAUCACGGAAGGAUUAUCGCUCGCGAUCCUCCAGCAAUCACAGGUCCAGAGAUCACAGCAGAAAGCGUCGCACGCGAUCACGCGAUAGGAAACGUGUGAGAUCACGUUCGCGCAGCUAUCGUCGCUCUAGAUCGACGUCCACCGACAGAAAGUGGUCUUCGCGGUCGCACUCUCGUAGAUGGAAAUCGCGCUCACAUUCCAGAGAAAGGCGACGAGGUAGUCGAUCGCGCAGCAAGUCACGCGGAGCGAAACGCGGAAGAUCGCGCUCGAGAACGCGCAGCCGCUCGCGGGAUCACAGACGAUCAAGAUCCUAUGUUUCCGGGAGAAGCCAACGGCGGGGCAGUCGAUCCAGAUCGCGAGACCGAAGUAGAAAGUCACGGUCCAAGUCGAGCUAUCGUGAUGGUAAGAAGUCAUCACAUCGAUACAGGAAUUGAGGUCAGGAUCCGCUCCUAGCCAAGCAUCUUCUACUGGCUUCUACUGGACUUCAACGUUUUACUAUGAUUCAGUUCGUCAACAUACACAACAUUGUGGUACAGUUGCAAUUUUGAAUACGCGUUCUCAAUCUUUUAUCUCAGAUAGUAUAUUAAAAGUCAUAAUGCUACGUAAUAAAUAGUAGGUACUGAAUAGCUUUAUGUUAUAGACUCGUUUAAUAUUACUUGCUCUAAUGUACAAAAGUCUAUCUUUCUUUUUUAAAAAAAGGCACACGUAAUCAAAAUUUAUACGAUUACGAGAAAGACGAACGUGAAAUAAAAUUAAUGCAAAA